AUGUCUUACGAACUUGGAAGUAUAAGCAGCGCCGAAGAUGUUAAUGGUUAUGAUCUGACAGAAGUAAGUUUAUGAUGUUGCUGUCGAUGUGUGUUUAGGAAACCGUCGAGACAGUGCACGGAACAGUGAAAGUUGUGAUCUAUGGAGAUCGAACCAAGAACGCGGUCGUUACUUUCCAUGACAUUGGACUUGAUGGUAUGUUUUUUAAGUUCGGUUACUUUUGAGGUUAUGGAUUUUUUUGUAAAUCCGAUGUUUGUAUAUAUUUGUAAGUUUUUUCUUAUUGUUAUAUUUUUAGCCAAUGGGAAUUUUCAAAAUUUCUUCCAGUUUGGUACGGCUACUGAGUUUAGCGAGGCGUUUUGUGUAUAUAAUAUCAAUGCUCCUGGACAAGAAUCUGAUGCCAAAGCUUUUCCUGACGGGUAAGGGUUUGUGUUUUAUGAUAAAGAUAUAUUUUAAAUAAAGUUUUAAUAGUUUUAAAUUGUUCAUUUUUUUAGGUAUGAAUUUCCGUCAAUGGAAGGCUUGGUCGAUGUCGUAGAUGCUGUAGUCAGACAUUUCCACAUUAAAUCUUUCAUUGGCUUUGGCAUUGGAGCUGGGGCUAAUGUUCUUCUGAGAUAUACGGUUAUUUUUUUCUGAAAUUUUAUACUUGUUACCUAAAACGUCAUUAUAUGUUAUUAAAAUAUUUUGUAUUUUUUAAAAUUUGAAUUUUUAAUCACUUUCUUAAUUAAAAGUAGUACAAAUGUAAUUUUAGCUGAAGAAUCAGUCGAAAGUGGAAGCUCUGGUGCUGAUUAAUGCUGUCAUCUCUCGUGCUGGAUGGAUCGAAUGGGGUUAUGAGAAGGUAAUUUAUAUUUUCUUUUUUAUAAAUAUAAUAGGUAUGUUGUAGGGUUUAUGUACGACAUAUUGUAGAGUUUAGGUAUGAUAUAAUAUUUUUAGUUUAACAUCAAGUCGCUCCGUUCUACCGGAAUGAACAAUGUUGUAGUAGAGUACCUGUUGUGGCAUUACUUAGGAAAACGACUCGACGAAGUUAACCAAGAUGUCAUCAACCAAUAUAGGAACAUGAUCUAUACCCAUCCUAAUCCCGGAAACUUGGCCAUGUAUAUGGAGGCUUACUUAAAGUAGGUUUAGUUUCAAGGUUUUGUAUUGGAUUUAAAUUUUUUUUAAAUUAGGUAAUACGAACGGUAAUACGAUUUAAAAAUUUAAAACUUUAGUCGCAGUGAGAUUGUUGUCCAACAACCAGCUAACGGAUCGGCUUCGGUUCCAAACCAGCCCAUCCUGAAGGUACCCAUCCUUCAAAUGGUCGGGUCUCGCUCUGGCUUCUUGGAGGAGACAGUCGACCUGCACUCCAAACUGGACCCAUCCAGGGCCGAAUGGAUUAAAGUGUCAGAGUGUUGUGGUCUGGUGUUGGAUGACAAACCUGAUAAGGUCACUGAAUCACUCUUGCUCUUCCUUCAAGGUCUGGGAUACUGUAAGUUGCAUUGUCUUUUGAAUUACAUGUAGUUUUUUAAAAUGGUGAACAUUCCUUUAAAAGUGAUUACAAUGUGUGUCAAAUGUCGUUUUAGUCACUCAUUUGAAUGUUCGCAAAGUGGUCGAUAAGCUGGCUUCUCUGUACGAAUAUGGCCGCUCAAACGAAUGCGGAAUCCAGAACGUUAACGAACAUUCCGCAUUUUAA